AUGGCUCGGUACAGCACACCGCAUUAUGAUGACAACGAGGAGGAACAAUUUCCAUUUGAGCAUGCUCCAAGUCCGGAGAGAUAUAAUACCUCGAAACGAGAGGAGCAUGGAGAGAAGAAUGAGUUACCAAUCCGGACAAGCGAUAGAGAGGAAUUGAUCCAAUGUAUAAAGAGGGGGCAGCGGACAACAUGGGUCCCGAAGUCGGGGUUGGAGGCUACGUGUGCCAGAGUCAAUGCCGACCAAGACGCUGCUGCGACAUCUCCCUCGCUGUCGCAAAUGUAUGAUGUGCAACCUGACCAAAGCACAAGAUCUCGGGUGGGAAUCGAGGACGCAGGAACAAGACCAGUUCCACUCUCUGCGGCCGAUGCUUUACGCCGCUCAAUGUCUCCCUUGCAUACGGGCGAUUUUCUCGGUGACUUUUGGGACAGGACAACACAGACUUCCCAGGAGCAUGCAUCUCUCUCUACGCCUAGGAGGCAGGAUCUUGGGCUCAACUAUAAUGAUUCUCCUCCACUCUGGCAGGCAGAUACUUCGCCGACCCUGAGCUUUAAGUGGCAGGAGAGUUCUCCUUCGGAUAUACUCAGAAGGUCGCGUGCCCCUUCUUUGGGAAGCAGCUUAUCUUCAAGUUUCGUCAUGAGAAUCCCGACGAGCCCCCUAGUUCACGCGACAAAUAACCCUACACUGGAUUUCUCGCCAAAGGAUCCUCAGAAGACCGAAAUCGGACGGUCGGCGAGAAGGAGAACAGUGCCUCCCAACGCCUUUGAAUCCCUGCACGUCUCUCCAGUGGACGCUGUCACGCCCAACUUCAGUCGUCCGCUACCUUAUAUGCACUUGCAGCACCGUGAUGGCCCUUCAACUCCCUACGGGCACCGACCACGUCGUUCUCUGAGCUCUUUCACAUACCAAGCAUCCAUGGCUCCACAGGUACCUCCUUGGUUGAAACAACGCCGAACUUCGCUGGCCGCUGACGGAUCCGCGCGGCAUCGAGCAUCGAUGGUCGGCUCUUUCGAGGAAUCAAUUCUCCGAGGCAGGAUGUCUACUCCUCCGUCGAAGCCUCUUGACUUUGUGGCACAAAUCGGAGUUAUGGGAAAGGGUAAUUGUCCAGCCAGCCUGAAGUGCCCGGCCCACGUAACCGUGCCAUUCCCAGCGGUCUUCUAUAACUAUCCUUCUGCGAGUGCAUCCAGGUCAAUCUCGGACGACAAUCCCAGUCCUUAUGUUGGCAAUAUCGACCUGGAGCAUAAUUUGAAAAUACCAGAGGAGCCACGCCGUCGCACGCGGCGGUCCCAGGUCAACCUUGACCCCGACGCCUUAGCGGAUGAAAUUACAAAGCCAGAGAAUACAGCCAUUGGCAGGGCUUUGGCUAAGGAAGCCCGAGAAAAGAAGGAAACCACACUAACGCCAUCCAAAGUUCCUGCCGGUGGAGCGUACAGGGUGCCCCAGAAAGGACAACUGCAGCUCAUUAUAAAGAACCCCAACAAGACGGCAGUCAAACUAUUCUUGGUUCCGUACGAUCUGGAAGGGAUGCUGCCUGGCACAAAGACAUUUGUACGACAGCGGAGUUACUCGUCGGGCCCCAUCCUUGAAGCAGGGAUAUCGGACAAACAAGCUGUCCUGGCUGCUCGAGAUCCUCUGAGCGCCAAGGACAUCCUGCGCUAUCUCAUUCACCUCAAAUUUUGCUGUACGGCAAAGGGACGUUUUUAUCUCUACGAUAAUAUCCGCGUGGUGUUUGCCAACCGUGUGCCAGACGAUAAGGAGAAGCUACGGAACGAAGUUCAGCUGCCGGAGCCAAGAUUCACUGCCUAUAAACCGGCGGUGGGGCAGUAUUCGCGAAGCUCGAGCGUGGCAGAUGAGAAACUGCCUGCUCAAUCACAGGCGCGAGCUUCUUCUGAUUUUGGCAAGCUGGGCGAUGUCGUCCGUUCAAGCAGUACGGACACCCAUUUCAUGCCAUCGGGAAGCUCAACCCGUGCCUCAUUCAAUCUUCCGACAACCUCGACAUUCGACCGUGACUCGACGGGCGUGGGGCAAGCUUCUCGAAUGGAAGAUGAGGGGUCCGAUCUGGAGCGCACUGUUUCUCCCACUCCUGGCUUUCUACCUUCAACAUCUUCGCGAAGUUCGCCUGUGCCAUGGCCGGCUUCCAAUGGUUCUUCAAUAGCACAAGGCUUCACUUCCACUCCAGUUGAGGCUGGCCACGGCCUAUUGUCGCGCAAGCUCAAGGAAUUCCAGGGAACUGCUGCGGGGCAUCGGGAGUAG